AUGGACCUUAAAGACAAUAUCACAAAGCACAUCAAACCGCUUUCUUUGACGGCAAUUGCUGCUGCAGCUACUGCUGUAAGCAUCCUCGGAUAUCGUUCUUGUCAUUCUUCCAAAAAGACAGUAGCCGGCGAGUAUAGAGAGAUACCGCUAGCCAAAGGCUGGAUCCCGUAUUUUGGACAUUUAUGGACAUACGUAUUCAGUGGCGCCAUUGUGGGCAUGGAAAUGGCACGAAGAAAUGUUGAUAUGGGACCCAUCCUUCGUUUUCAUAUGGGACCCAGGCUAUGGGUUGUCAUUUCAGAUGCUGAUAUGGUACAUGAGCUGUUGAAUGUGCAUGGCGUAUCAACAUCAUGCAGACCACAGUAUUCCUAUGGAACAAGGUUGCAGUCUCAAACCCAUGGCUUGACCUUUAGUGAUCUUGGGAGUCGAUGGAAAAAAGUUCGAGCUGUCUUUGUCCAAUGUCUCUCCACCAAAAGUGAAUCCAUCCACCUUGAUGAUAUCAUUAGCAAGGAAGCGGAUUACCUUGCCGAUCGACUUUUAUCCAACAAGGAGCAGGCUGUGAGUGUUUUCAAGGAAAUCCAAUGGUCGGCAUUAAACGUCAAUCUUUUGGUUGGUUUUGGUUACCGUAUUGAUCAUCCAGAAGAUCCUUUUUGUGAACAAUUGAUUGAUUUGAUCAACACGAGCGUUCAAAAAGCCGACCCGAUCAUUGAUCGAAAAGAGUUUCUACCCUUCAUUAUGGCGACUUUUGAUUGGUGGUAUCAAGCAUUCAAAACCUUUGCUUGGUACAGGACCAAAGUACGAGAUCCCAUUAUGCAAAAGCUGAUCCACCAUGGAUUAAAAAGUGACAUGGACUGCAUGGCCAAAAAGAUGCAUGCCAUGAAGGACGGCAAGGAUGUGGAUGAUGAGACUGUUUUAAACGCGUGUUUUGACCUGGUCGUUGCAGGAACCGAUCCAACAGCUAUCACCCUCGCAUGGACCAUGGUCAUUCUGUGUAAUCAUCCCGAGGACCAAAAGCGGCUUCAAGCCGAGAUUGAUGCCUUUACAAGUGUCCAUAAACGCAUACCAACUUUUGACGAGCAUGAGCAUUUGCCACUGAUGAUGUCCACAUUGAAAGAGUGUCUCCGUAUACGAACCCUGGUUCCCCUUGGGUUAUCUCGUCGUGCAGUUUCUGAUGUGGUAUGUCGGGGAUACCUGAUUCCCAAGGAUACGGUUAUUUGUGCCAAUGUCUUUGCCAUACACCAUGAUCCCGAAAGGUAUCCUGACCCUGAUCGUUUUGUGGCGGAUCGCUUUUUGGAUAAACCUCGUACCAUGUCAACGUUGAGUAAAGCAAGAGCAAACGAACGUGAUCAAUUUGGUUUUGGUUGGGGCAGACGCGUGUGCCCAGCGAUCCAUGUAGCAGAGAAUCAAAUGUUCAAUACCCUAGUUCGUUUACUGGCAAAAGCAACCAUCGAGCCUAUGCUGGACAAUAACAGCAACCCCAUCUACCCAGACAUGAACGCACUCAACUAUGUUGGUGUCGUUAUCAUUCCUGGUGAGGAUAAGAUGCGAUUCGUGAAACGUAACAAUCCCUUGAAUGUGUAA